AUGCGUACGUUCAAAUGGGAUCCAUGGUUUGAUCCAGAGGAGGAAACGAAGAUUGCAAUUGCAUGGAUAUCAUUCCCAUCAUUACCUCCAAAUUAUUUUGUGAAAGAAGCAGUUUUUUCACUAGCAUCUGCUGUUGGAAAGCCCCUACAAGUUGAUAUGGCCACAACUAAUAAAACCAGGCCAAGUUGCGAGAGUGAAGAACAAAGUUCAGACAAAGAACAGGAGGAGAACAGUAAGGAAGAUCAAAGGAAGAAUAAGGAGCUAAACAAUGCAAAAAAUAGCAGAUCUGGAAACAAGGGGUCUAAUGCUGACACAAUGAAAGGGAAGGAAGCAGUAGACAAGGUGCAGCCUCCAGAGGUUAAUGAUAAUGAUGGAUUCAAGGAGAAGAAAGGAAAACAAAGGAAUAAGAGGCAUUUUCAUAGAGAUGAGGAUAUAGUAGACUUGACUGAUAUGCAGAAGUCUUCAGAUGGAAGGAUGGUAGAAGCAAAGGUUUCUGAGGCUGCUAAUCAGAUUGUUACAGUGCAGCAAAUUGUAAAUACUAAUGAUAAAGGCAAGGAAAAGCAGAUGGAAGAAUCCAAUCAGGUGGAGAGGAUAUCAGCAAAGGCAUGGAUUGAGCAGAACUUUGGUAAACAACUCAAUGAUAAAGGGGAGAUUUUGUCUCAACAGGUGUCUAAGAUGAACACAAAUACUACAGUUAGACAAGAGAAGGAACAUGAAUCAGAAGAAAUAGGUGACACCUUAAUCCACAAAAACUUGGAGAAAGGUAUGGAAGAAGAUAAAUCAGGUGAAGUGCUGCAGGAGGAUGCAGCUCAAGAUGAGGGAUUGGAGGAGAAUGAAGAAAAAGAAAAGGAUGCAGAACAAGAUGAGACUCCUAUAUCAGAUCAGGGAUUGGAAGAGAAUGAAGAAAAAGAAGGAAAAGAAGUCACAAGGCCACCAAGUAACAAGGCUGUCAAUUUGCCUGUAGAACAAGUAGAGAGUGCACAUCAUGAAAAACAAGAUGAGGCACAUGUUGAUCUCAAUAGCCAAGAUGAGGAAGAUUUAACUCAGAACAUUGAUGAUAUAGCACAGCAGGGAGAUUUAUCUCCUAGAAGUGUGCAGAAAUUGAAGCAGGCAACAAAUAAACAAAAACCUGUCAGAAGCACCAGUAUUCCAGCUGCAGGAGUUUCAACAAGGAGGAGUAAGAACAAAACCAAUAAUUCUCAAUGA